AUGUCAAUCAGGAAUGAAUCUGAAGUAUUCCUUUCCAAUUUAGAAAAAUUUGAGAAAGCGUAUUUAGACCUAGACACUCAUCAUAUGUGGGCACUAAAGAGUAAUCACAAAGUAGAAGAAGUCAUUUAUGAAUAUGCACGAAAGUUAACAUAUAAAUCAUAUUUACAUUCGUAUAUCAUUAAUGACGUUGACCCUUCUAAAAAGUCACUGUUCUCUAAAGAGAAGUGGGAAGAGAUUACUAUAUCUGAAGUUUUGAAAAAUAAUGGAGGGCAGUGGAGGCAAUGGAGGCAGUGGGAUAAGUGGGAGGCUAUAGGAGGCUGUGGAAUGGAUCGGUUGGAAAUUAUGGAAUUAGCAAUUAGUGACUAUAGCA